AUGCACUCGAAGAAAAUACCAUUGAUAAUACACGGAGAAGAUGUGUUUGUCUCCGAAGCUGAUGGCGGGAUUCUUUUCACACCCAAUCCAGAUAUCCCGGACUCGAAUCACUGGAAAGCCCAAGGGGGAACACCAGAUCUCUGUCGAGAAGCAGUAGAGUCAUGCUCCAAAGCUUUUGAGGGAUGGAGGAAGACUGCUCCGACGGAAAGACGACGAUUUUUUAACCGCCUCGCGCAGCUCCUUCGCGUUCGACGGCAGGAGCUUCACUCCACGAUCAAAGAAGAACUUCAGUGUUCUGACACGUGGGCGUCUAUCAACGUUGAAGACUCCAUUGCACUCGCCGAGCAAAUCGCGGGGUUGUGCACCUCAGGGAUUCUGUCAAGCACAGUUCCAGAAGUCAGAGCUCCUGGAGCGCAUGGUGUGGUCUUCAAAGAGCCUUUGGGUGUUGUUCUUGCCAUAGCGCCAUGGAACGCCCCGGCCAUUCUGGGGUUGCGCUCAGUCGCAGCAGCUGUUGCAGCUGGGAAUUGCGCCGUUUUCAAGGGAUCCGAACUGAGUCCUCGGACACACUAUUUCAUCGCGAAGUUGUUCAAAGAUGCCGAACUCCCUCCCGGCGUCGUAAACUUCCUGGUUCACCGGCCUCAAGAUGCAGUCGAAAUAUUUGAGACUUUAAUCUCCCAUCCGGCCAUUCGGAAGUGUAACUUCACCGGGUCGACCAGAGUAGGCCGGUAUGUCGCAAUGCGCGCAGCUCACUACCUGAAGCCUGUGUUAUUAGAGCUUGGUGGCAAGAAUUUUGCCAUUGUUCUCAAUGAUGCUGAUCUCGAAUCUGCUGCCCAGAUGAUUUUGGAGGGCGCCUUCCUCAAUACCGGACAAAUCUGUAUGUCCACGGAUAUCGUGCUCACAACAGAGGAAUCGUAUCCCAAGCUUUGUGCGGCCCUUGAGAAGGCGUACACAUCCCUACACACCCAUGCUACUCAAGUCAUCAGCAUUAAAAGUGAGGAGAGAAUCCAGCUGCUCUUGAAGGAUGCGGAGAGCAAAGGAGCAAGUCUCUUCCCGCAAUUAUCACAUAACGGCGGUGGUUUGGAGCCGACUAUCAUCAAAGACUUGAAGCGAGAAAUGGCCUUCUGGGAAGAAGAAUCUUUCGGGCCUCUGGUGGGAAUUGCAAAGGUCAAGGACGUUGACGAAGCGGUAGAGACCGUGAACCAGUGCAACUAUGGCUUGUCAGCUGCUAUCUUCACACAGAGCAAUCUCAAAAUGAUGGACCUUGGCCGUAGACUGAACUGCGGAGCUGUCCACAUCAAUGGGCCUACGGUCCAUGACGAGGCUACGCUCCCGCAUGGAGGAUUUCGAGAAAGUGGCUGGGGAAGAUUUGGCGGGCAUUGGGCAUUCGAAGAAUUUCUUCAGACCAAGACUGUGAUUGUUAAUGCAUGA